CUCCCAGACGCGGGGCUGGGGGUGGGUGCAGCGGGGCCGCGCAGCAAGCCCUGGUCUUGGUGCCGUCGUCGGACCCGCAGCGGCGGUCGGACCCGCCGCGGGGGCUGAGUGCCCCGGGACAUUGCAGAGAGAGAGAAGAGCACUCACUGGCUUUGACCUCCCUGGUGUCUGAGCAUAGCGAAACACAAUUCCUUCAAGAUGCCGAUGUCAAAGAAGCACAGGAGAAAAAGCUCCGAAACCAUCCAGGAACUUUCGGAGAAGGUCAAAGAGCAGCUGGCUGAGGCUGAGCUUCGGAAGCUGAGGCAGCAGUUCAGGAAGAUGGUUGAGAGUCGGAAGUCCUUUAACUUCCGCUCCGAGCAGAAGAUCUCGAACCAGCACAAGGAAAUCAAGGCCCUGCAGGGAGAGCAGGAAGAGAUCACUCUGCUUUUGGGUCUCAUCAAGUCCUCGAAGAACUUGGAUCUGAAUGAGAAGAACUACAUGGAGCUGUGUUUCCUGCGGCAGACCAAGGACGACUAUGAGGCCCUGAUUAAGUCAAUGAAAGUGCUGUUGGCAGAACUGGAUGAGAAGAUUGUUCAGAUGGAAAAAAAAAUUAUAAACCAAAAACAGAUCUUCACAAAGAUACAGGAAGCCAAUGACCCCCGGAAACUGCAGAAGCAGAUCCAUGUUCUGGAAGCCCGUUUGAAUCUUGUCACUGUGCACUUUGACAAGAUGCUGACCGCCAAUGCUAAGCUCCGGAAGGAGCUUGAGGACCUGCGGUACGAGAAGGCUGCUUACGACAAUGUGUACCAACAGCUCCAGCACUGCUUGUUGAUGCAGAAGAAAACCAUGAAUGUGGCCAUCGAGCAGUCUGCCCAGGCCUAUGAGCAGAGGCUGGAAGCCAUGGCUCGAAUGGCCGCCAUGAAGGACCGCCAGCAGAAGGACAUUUCUCAGUACAACCUGGAGAUCCGAGAGCUGGAGCGUGUCUAUGCCCACGAGACCAAGCUCAAGUCCUUCUUGCUUAUCAAGCUGAAUGACCGUCUGGAGUUCGAGGAGCAGGCCAAAAAGGAAGAAGCUCUCAAGGCAAAGAAGCACAGGAAGAAGAGCAUGGGUGACAGUUUCGAGAGCUUUGAGGUGGCCCACCUCCGGCUGCUGAAGCUGACCAAGGAUGGGAACCUGAAUCAGCUCAUUGAGGACUUUCUGGCCAAGGAGGAGAAGAACUUCGCUCGGUUCACGUAUGUCACAGAGCUCAACAAUGACAUGGAGACAAUGCACAAGAAGACCCAGAGAAUCCAGGAUGAGAUCAUCUCCUUGCGGUCCCAGCAGAAAUCAUCCCAUGAUGACAACCGCUCCGUCCUGAGAGAAAUGGAGGAGAAACUGAAGAAGACCACGGAGGAGGCAGAUAUGUAUGAGAACAGCUAUAAGGAAAUCAGCAAGACCUUGGAGUAUCUCAAGAACUCGGUGGAGAAUCUGUUUAAAAAGAUUAAUUGUGAUACCACCACAAUCCUGGGGCACUUGGGGGAGACGGGGAAAAUCACCGACAACAACCUUCCACAGUACCUUGGUCUCUCGGCUGCCGUCUUGGUUCUGAUGGAUUUUUUUCCAGCCAUCAUUGAGAAGAAGACCAAUGACCUGCUGCUGCUAGAGUCCUACAGGCGGAUCCUGGAGAUGGAAGGGGCAGAGACUGAGGUCCCGCCACCAUUUGUCAACCCUUUCUGGGGCGGCUCUGCCCUCCUCAAGCCUGCAGAACCCAUCAAGGUCGUCCCCCCAGUGUUUGGGGCUGACCCCUUUGGCGACAGGUUGGAUGAAGUGGAGCAGGCCCUGGACCACAGCAGCCUUCGGCAGCUGGUGCUCAGCAACUAUACUGCGAGAGAGUUUCAAAGCAGGGACUUAGACAGCAUACCGGAGAGGGGUGAUGAUCUGAGGCUCAAGAAGAAGUUAGUGAUCUGAGGCGGAUGGGGCUGCGUUUGUACCUUAACCAGAGAAAAUAAAGGUUUUG